AUGGAAGCCAAGGAUGCAAAGCAACCCGGGGAUGGCAAACCCGAAGAGGUCAAGCCCGGGGAUGUAAAGCCCGAAGAAGUCAAGACUGAGAAAGAAGGCGCGGACAGAGACGAGGUUGAGCUUCCCAGGGAUGAGCUUCUCCUCUCGGCGAACGCCCUGGCCGUGCUCGUGUUCGAGGUGAGUGUGAUUGCCAUCGUGGUCGCGUACAUCCUGAUCACCGCGCCAGCGAGGUCACCUUUCUCGGAGCUCAUCGAGCCCUGCCUCAACCUGAGCUGCUUCCAGCUUGACCAGGAGCUGUACACGUCCAUGAACUUGUCGGUGGACCCUUGCUCAAACUUCUACGAGUACGCAUGCGGCCUGUGGGGCGAGCAGCACAAGGGAUUCGCGAACCAGUUUGACCUGCUUGAGGCGAAGGUAUCCAACUUCGUCAAGUAUCGUAUUAUGAAAGAAGAAGCGAGGCUCGCAGCCGGUGGCCCCUUUUAUGGAAGUGACCGAACUGCUGCGGACUACCUGUCGUGCGUGGACGUCUACAGGAAACAGGGCGACAUGUCAUCCAUGAUUAAGGAGCUCGUGUUUUCAAAGCUGACUGCAGAUUUCGCGGACCAAACGAAACUUGUACCCUCGACAGCGCAGGAAACUCUCCGACUGCUGGCCCACCUAUCCCUCGAUUGGAACUUGGGAAUUCUCCCAGACUUUAUGAUCACGCGGUUCCCCGACCGCGCGGAGCAGCAACAGCAAACGGAGAAUAAGGUGAUCAUGCAUCUUGAUUACAGCAAUACGGUACCACUGUGGAAAAUGCAGAAGGAAAAGUUUUUUACGCCGGAAACCCUCACACAGUGCUUCCGAGAUUUCUGGGGCUUGAUUUCAACUAGCCACGUAGAUGAACACAAACUAGGGCUACUUUUAACGACGGACGUUCGUGUUACCACGACGUGGAGCCUCGCGGCCUCUUCUGUGAAGAAGCCGAAGAAUAUUCAUUUGAAAGAGAUACCGUCUUCAAAGUUAAAGGCUGAGGAGUGGCUGUCGGCGAUUAACAAGCGUCUUCCCCAAGACGCGCAACUCACGGAUGAUAGUGACUUAUAUGUAAGUGACAUAGGACUGUUCGCCCACACCGAAGAGUUGUUAGAGGCGGGCGAAGCGGAGGACAUGGAAACAUUAUACACCCUCAUAAAGUUUCAUGUCGCGCGGCUCCUCGCGCCUUUCACUUCCUACAAGUUGUUGCAAUCCACCUUGGGAAAUCCGCCGAACGACACGGCUGCCUCACAGAUUGUUACGAAACAGUGCGUCAAUGCCAUUGACCGGCUGUUCCCGUACGCGUGGCCAGUACUUCUCUUCGGCGCAAACAUCACGAUAGAAAAGUUGGCUAACGCAAAACAAAUGUACGAUGGCCUGAUGGACGCGACAAAUACGGCUUUGUCUUGGCUCUCGGACGAAGAUCAGAAGGCCUCCAAAGCGAGGCUGGACUCGCUGGUUCCCAUCAUCGGUUGGCCCGACAAUCUCCACGACCCGAACGAGCUGUCUAUGCUGUGCCCUCCCAGCAAGGAUAAAUACACCGCCUUCAUCGGCUGCUACCUGGCUUCCCUCGAAGCGUUCAACGACAAGCGCAAGGCCGAGCUAGCUUCUGGUCAGGUCAGUCCACCGCCUGCGAAUGACAGCGCUGGUCUGCGGGCUUUCGAAGUGACCGCCGUGUACACUCCGUGGCGUGGCACUUUGUACAUUCCACCUGCCAUUUUGUUCGAGCCGUUCUACAUCGAGGCGAGCUUGGCAUUCACGUGGGGCGCCCUGGGGCACGUCUUGACGCACGAACUGUGGCACGCUGUGUUCGGUGACUUCACGCUGGGCGUGUCCGCCGUGACCGACGUGGUCGUGAGCGCGACACGCUAUAAGAAGCACGAGUGCUUCUCCAAGGUCGUGGAGGAGGCCGGGGGCACAGCCAACACAGCGGAGUACUCGGCACCCGAAGGCUUUGCGGACAUCGCCGGGCUGCAGACUGCCCAGUCUUCAUUCGCCAACAGCAUCGGGGCCACCAAGAACGGUGCAAACGGCACUGCGGGGUUUACCCCUGAACAGCUGUUUUACAUCGGCUCCUGCUUCAAGUGGUGCGCCUACAACGGCGACGCUCAUCCUCUGGGUUCCGAGCUCAACACUAAGCCUCACGUGCGCUGUAACGCAGCCAUUAUGAUGGUCGCUGGCUUCGACGAGGCGUUCGGCUGUUCGGUCGACAGUCCUAUGAUGAAAAUGCGCAAGGCUAAGCGCUUUUGCAAUGAAUCCGACUCAGGAAAUCACCUUUCACACCAGCUCAUCCGCUUCGGGUCGGUGAUCUCUGCGUUGCCAGCUGCCACCCCACCAUCACCGGCCGUAUGCGAACUACCGGAGUUCCACGGGUUCCAGAACAACGCCGACAGCUGCGUGGCAACCAUGAACGCGCUAGCAGUGCAUGAGGCUUGGACGGAGCCUCAGAAAUGGUGCGUGGCCAUUCACCGCCUUCGAGAUGGUGCCGCGGCGUGGCACAAAUAUGAAGGCAGGCGGCAGCAGAUCUGGACAGAUUGGAGCUGCAAGCUCAUAGCUGCUUUUGACCGUACUUCUAACCACCUCUCCGCCACCACACUGGCUAACCUGGCUGGUAUGGAGGAGGAAUCUCCAGAGGCUUUCCACCUCGAGGCUGCAGCUGUGCGCUACAGUGUACCAUUUGAGCAGUUAGACACUUUGUCGAUACCCGAAGCAAGUUCACUGCGGCCAAAGGCCGCUACCGAAGUCGGGCCUCGUGAAGCGUGUUGCACCAACGAAACAGCUGAAGAGAAUCAUCUGGACUGUGCUGCACUGCUUUUCACCGACGCACCCACUUACGCACACUGA